UAUAGUAGUAUAUAGUGUAGUAGUAUAAAGUAGUGUAGUGUGUAUGUGUGAGUACGUAGAACUGAUCGCUCUCUCUGUGUAACCCUCACACAGAGGAGGAGGAGAAGUCGACCAGCUGGUUGAAGGUUGGCGCCAUUGUAGCCGGAGGAGCGGCCACAGUUGCUCUGGCCCCAGUGGUGGUGGCAGGCAUGGGCUUCUCCGCUGGAGGCAUCGUCGCCGGCUCCAUCGCCUCUUCCAUCAUGUCCUCGGCCGCGGUAGCCAACGGAGGAGCGGUGGCGGCCGGAGGGUUGGUGGCCACGCUGCAGUCCGUCGGAGCGGGUGGGCUGAGUAUGGCAGCAAAGGGCGUCUUGUGGCUAGGUGGGUCGUUCUUCACCAAGGUGGCUGUGAACGCCUUCGACAGGGAGCCGACGGGAGGAGAGGAGCAGGAAGAGGAGAAGCAGACGGGAGGAGGAGGGGGAGGAGGCCAGCAAGUGUGCAGCGUCGAUGAGGAUGGGCAGCGCUGAGAAGUCAGCGCUGAGAGGGCAGCGAGCGCGCUCACCGUGGCCGGCCGCAGCAGUGCGAGGGGGUUCACGAACCACCUCCCGUUGGCGCGGUCGGCCACGCUGAGGUAGCAGCUCCUCUGCCUCCUGCCUCUUAUUCCUCUGCUUCCUCUCAUUCCUGUGCUUCCUCUGUUUCCUCCCAAUACUCUUAUUUCAACUCCUUCCUCUCCCUCCUUUAGUCGGUCUAGACCAGGGGUGUCCAAACUUUUUGCAAAGAGGGACCAAAUUUGAUAAAGUGAAGAUGCCCGGGGGCCAAUAGUUCCUUCCGACAUUUUUACCACAAAAGUUACGUGAAAACACACACCGUUAUAAAACAAUUAUCAUUGUCACAAUUACCUUUAUUUUUCAAAUGACAAUGUAACCAAAUAUAAGCCGCUCAGGCAGACGUGAACAACUCUAAAUACACAAUUCUGCCUUUCAUUCAGUCAGAUAACAUUGAAAAAACUGUAUAGAAUACCUUAAAUUUCCAUGAGUUAAAUAUCUUUGCCUCAUGAACAUUUUAAACAGGAGUUAUAAGUAAUGCAAAGUGGUCUGUUAUCAUUAAACUUUAAACCAAGUGAAUUUUGCCCUUGUCUUUCACAAGAUCUUUCAGA